AAUUUCAUCAUUCAUCAAUCUUUUUUGGUUUAUCUAAACAUAGCUUUUACUAGAAAGAAGAAGUAAUAAAUCAGAUACUUACCAAACAACUAGCAGACAUUAGGAAAAUUUUAAUUAUGAUAAAAUUUGGUGUAAAGUCAGCUGUUUUGGGCGCUGCAGUUUACUACACAAUAGAUAAAGGGGUAUGGAGAGAUAGCUCGGUUACAAGUGCGAUUUACGAUGAUCUUGAACAAGGUGCUUCACCAUACGUAGGUGAACUGAAAAAGCAAAUUCCAUACGAGUUGCCACCUCUUCCAUCAAACGAUAGAGUUUCUUACCUGUUCAAGUACUACUGGAAUAGUGGUGUGAAAGCAACCUUUAGAUUUCUGGUUGAUUUACCGACACAUGCUUCCAACACUGCAGAUAGUGCUUUAAGUCUUAUAUCCUCCGCAAUAAAUACUGGUGAAACAAAUCCAAGCUCUAGUCAAGAAAAGGUUAAAUGAGUUAGUAUAAUUGUAUAAAUAUUAUUUUUUUCUAGGAAACAAUGUAUUUUGAAGUGAUAAUAAUAAAUAUGUAUUGGUGACCCAUGAAAACUAUUAUUUUGUUGGCCAUGAAAAACUAUGUUAAAGAUUAUUUUACAAUUAUUUAAGUUUUAUGAAUGUUGCAGUAAAACCUGAAUAGACUUCCUCAAUCAAUAUCUACAUAGUGACAACAUAUUUGGAAAAGCUGCUCUGCCGCUUCUGCAUUUAAUAACCAUGCAGUACUUCCUAAAAUUUUUAUGUCUGUUAAACCCUUAUUUCAAUUUUACAUUCACAUGUUGAAAUUUGGUUAGAAACUCCAAAAAAUUGGUGAAAGCUUAUCAUAUUUUAAUUUUAGCAUUUAACUGCUAGAUGUUUA